CUUUUCUGGCCUUCUGCUAUCCCUUGCUCGGAACCUCAGCUCACCAGAGCGAAUCCCGGCCUGCUCGGCCUGCCACGCCACAGAGCGGCCCUGGAGCUGUCCUAGGGCAUUUGUUGAGCGCUGACCUCGACGUCUCCUCUCGGGGCCCCGUGUCUGUAAGCGGCCGGCUGGCUGUGCGACACGACCACACUGCUACCCUCUCUCUGUCUCGUGCUGGCUGGCUUUCCGCGUGCUCACUCUUACCCCUUCCCCACUACCCGGCUGCCGGGGCGCCUUGCCCAGGGCGUAUUAUAUCGAACCAAUGCUUCCCUUUCUGGAGGUCGACCACCUCCCCUCGUCGUCGUCAUUCUACUCGGCAGUUAUCCAGCCUCUCGGCCUGCGUUAUCACUCUACUGACGACGGACACUUUCCCUCUAUCACGUUUGGUGACUCUUCGCGGACAACCCCUAUUUUUCAGAUCCGGCAGGUCGUGUCGAGCAGAGACCGGCCCCUGAGGACUUCGCGCAUUGUCCUUAGCGCCCCUUCGGCGGCCGCGGCCGAUUCCUGCUACGAAUUCGCCUUACGGGCCAAUCCCGACAUUCGGGAAUCGCAUUCCCGCCACCCGGCCGAGAACUAUGUUGUUCGCAGUGGCGUCUCUGCGCAACGUCGGGACACUAGCGGUGGCGGCACUCGGGUGUUUAUAACCGACUUUGUCGGCAACUUGUUGGAAGUUGUAUAUCAGCCGCCACCAGAAUAUUGCUCGCAUUAUGCCGGUUCAACUGCCCGCUAUACCAAGUCGACCAGCGAAGGGGCGAGCCGUGUCUUGAGCUGGAACUACGAUGUCGCAACCUCGUCUCUUCUUGCUUCGGCUGCUGCCCUGAGCCCUGCGUCCAGCGCCUCCGGCCGCACCCUCUCCCGCCGAUCCCACGCUCGGUAUCCCGAAGACGACGACGACCAGCCGCAUCCCGGUAUCCGGCGCAGUGUCACGACUGGAUCUUCCGUCUACGAACCGGCCACAUCUGCCCGGGAGAAUUCAAGAGGCCUGAGUGCCGGCGCUGUAGUUGGAACCCUUCUCGGUGUUGCUGCCGGCGCCGCUCUGGGUGGUGCAUUCACCUAUAACAUGGUCAAGGACGAUCGGGCCCGCGAUUCGCGCCAGGACUACGACAUGCCUCCCUCCUCGCGCCGGUACACCUUUCCGGAGAGGUACGAGGGGUACUCGGAUCGCAAACCCCGUUACGUCGAGGUGGAGAGGGCUGUGGACAGGGUUCGCUACCAGGGCGAUUACCCGACUUACCCGGACUAUCGUCCUCCUCCUCCCGAGUACAUUGCCCGAUACAGCCAGGCAGACGCGCCGCGGACUACGGAAGUGGGCGACGUCUAUGACGAUGACUCGCGGGGGCGCCACCGGUCGUCCCGCUCGCGAACGUCUUCCGCGCGGCCCCGAAGCGAGUCUGCGAGUUACAGGGACCCUUAUUACAGCGAGAUGGAUACGGAGCAUCGCAGCUACGUGAGCUCGCGGAGUUCGAGACAUCCUCCCAUCGUGCAGCGCAGCUACACAUAUGACACCCCCGACAGGGAGAGUUACGUCUCUGCCAGAAGCCGCAGGUCCAGCAGCACGGUCCGCGCACCGCCCGCGGAGCCUUACGAUGCACCCGCGCACGUGAGCUCCCACUCGAGGUCUGGCAGCCGCGUGACGACGGUGACAUACAAGGUCAGCGCCGCGCCCCGGAAUCGCAGUCGUGAGGGCAGCUACGUCUCAGCCCACCACGUUCCUCUUCCCGACAGCAGGGCGCCGACCUACAUCUCAGCGCGCGACGUGCCGCUCCCCGAUAGCCGAGCCCCCACGUACGUCUCGGCCCGCCAUGUUCCCCUUCCAGACAGCAGAGCGCCAACCUACGUUUCGGCGCGCGACGUGCCCCUUCCGGCAAGCAGGCCCGCGACAUAUGUGUCGGCCCGUCACGUCCCUCUUCCUGUCAGCCGCGUGGGCAAAUGGGAAACCGAGGACGACGACGACGAAGAUAUUGGGGAUACGGACAGCAUUGCGCCCAGUGACAGUAUUAGCUGUGUCGGCAGCCGGAGGAACGGCCGCUGAGCCUCAGUGGCGGACCCAUGUCAGUAGCAACCAUGGCAGGAAGUUUUCUCUCUCUCUCUCUCUCUCUCUCUCUCUCU